UAGUGGCCCAACGACUUACGAAUACUGGAAGCGCGCUUCCCGGGCGGCGGUGUGCAUGCAACCCGACGGGAACCGGAGCCUGAGGGCUGUUGCCUUCACAACUUUGGAAACUGCCUCCUCAUUUCUGCCCCUGAGGUGACACAAUCAGCAGGCGACAAAGUGGCGGGUGACGCGGGUCUCGCUUGACGCUUUUAUUUCUUGACUCACCAGGCCCUAGCCUUAGCCUCCCAGCGCCACCGCCAGAUUUCAAAGUAUUCGAAAAUUGCAACCAUCGACGCUAAAGAACCUCGUGCAUCUUCGUCGCUCCAUCCGAGCCAACCACCAUGAAUGGCAUGAAUAGCUUAUUAGCCCUGGCGAGCACCUCGCUGCUAAAUGGAGGGACCUCAUCGGUCCAGGACUUGGAGGAGCGGAUCCCCGGGUUCUCAGUGUUGCGGGACUUUUUCAAAAGAUGGCUGAGGAUCGACCUUACAACUCUCCUCACCGCUGCAGCGUUGAUGGGCGCGGCAUCGAGCGGCGCGCAGAGCCUGCAGGAUACCGGAUCUAAAUUCUACUGGUGGAUCGUGCGCUUCCUGACGGCCUCCAUCUCGAUCGCGGGUAACGACCGACUCAAUCGCGAGGUGCUAAACUGGCUGGGAGCGCACGUUCUGGCGAAAAGGGGAACACGAAUCCUGACGGCCAACUCGGAGACGAUCCGGAACGAUGCUUGGUCGUACAGGCGCGUCUCACAGGAGCGCAACGACUUCCACCACGAGAAGCGGAUGCCCGUGCAAUAUCUGCCGACUUUUGGAACGACUUGGUUUAUCCACAAGCGUAAUCUGUUCAUGGUGCGCCGCAUCCUAACGAGCAGCUCCCACUACCACAGUUCCUGGACUAGGACGCCAGACGAGUACGCGGGAGCGCCCGAGGGCGAUGAGCCACUUGUAGUCAUGUGCAUUGGGCGGUCCGUCGAGCCGAUCAAGCGAUUUCUCACCACGUGCCGCGAGUUUGCGGACAAGCAGCGCGAGGCCUAUAUCACGGUCCGAAUCAGCAAGCGCAGCUACGACGAAUCGUGGGAUACGACCAUCCUACGGCCACUCCGCCCUCUUGAGACAGUUCACUUUGACGAGAGGAUCAAGGACGCUCUGGUAGCAGACAUCGAGAAUUACUUGGAUGUUAACACGCGCAGGUUCUACAACGGGCGCGGCAUUCCCUACCGCAGGGGCUUCCUCCUGUACGGGCCUCCCGGCACUGGAAAGACGUCGUUGUCGCUCGCUCUCGCGGGUAGAUUCGGGCUGGAGCUGUACUUGCUCCACAUGCCGAGCGUACGAGACGACUCGGUACUCGAGAAGCUCUUCACAGCGCUCCCUCCGCGAUGUCUCGUCCUUCUCGAAGACAUCGACGCCGUCGGGAUCAAGCGUCGCACAGUAAGGGAUUACGAUAGCAGCGACAGCGACGAUGACGAGAACAAGAGUGAUUCUGUUGAUGACAACGACCGGGUGCGCUCGAACUGCACGCUCUCUGGGCUGCUGAACGUCCUCGACGGAGUUGCGUCUCAAGAAGGGCGGAUCGUGCUCAUGACAUCCAACUUCGCCGAGAAGCUGGACAAGGCACUUGUUCGCCCGGGCCGGGUCGACAGGAUGAUCUACCUCGGCCAUAUUUCGCAACGCAGCUGCGAGCUCAUGUUCUUGCGGAUGUACGGCCCCAAUGCGGAUGGCUCCGCCCCGGCAGACAGGGCGGUGCAGCUUCCGGAAGACGAGCUCAAACGGCUCGCACUCGACUUCAGUGGACAUAUCCCCAACGAACUGUUCACUCCAGCACAAGUCCAAGGAUAUCUCCUCAACUACCGGGACUCGCCCCUCGAUGCGUUGGCCAAUGUCGGGCGGUGGGUGAAGGAGGAAGUCGAAAUGAUAGAAGCAGCAAAGGAGAAAGAGAGAAAGGCGGCCGAGAUCAAGAAGAAGAAGAGGAGGGAGAGAAAGCUGAAGAGGGCAGCUAGGCUGGCUGAGGCGAUGCGCGAUUACGAUUCAGACAAGGAGCUCGAAGACUUGCGGAAGAAGAUGAUAGAAGAGAAGAGAAAGAAGAAGCAGAAGGCGAAGCAGGAGGGGACCGAAGCGGAUGCGGAUGUUGAGGGCGAGACAUCCGAAAAACUCAUCACUAAAACCGUGGAUGGCGAAACACCUAACGGAGUUUCGACGGAUGGCAACGCGCUUCCGAAGACGGAGAAAGAAGGGACCGUCGCGGUUGAUGGAAAGAUACAUCACAACGGCGAAGAAGCCGCACAUAAUCCUGUUCCGACGGAACAAGCGACCGUCACCAACGGCAGUUGAGGGGAAUUGGAGCAUUAAGUGUCGUCGACCGGGGGGUUCGUUGGACAUUGGACCUGGAGGCUAUCGCUGUGCGGUGGCGAUGAUUUCUUCGAUCGAUAUCCGUAUGAUCAAUAUCAUCAGUUGCAUCCUCGUUUGGAGAGCACUGCAGCAUGGAAAUGCUUGGCUCUUGUGUGAAUUCAAGAGCCGUAACCGAAGGAAAGGAACUUUGAACUCUCA